AACGUGGUGACGUACGAAAACUGCAAGCACAUGGAGGACUCGGCGGCUCGGCUCAGCAACGUGAAAGCGUCCGGAAAGCCGAAUGCCAUCGAGCUGAGUGCUGUGCUGGACGUGGAGCGAGAACUGGAGCCACCGGUUCACCUAAACCUCUCGGUAAAGCGAUGCACCCUGCAGAAGGAGGAGUGCGAGUCGUACGAGCGCAUCUCGAUGGAGGACAUCUGUGCGAAGGUCACGAGCAAUCCGAUACUGCACAAGUAUAUGGAUAUCUUUACGCCACCGUUGAGCUGCCCGCUGAAGAAGGGACACUACGUAGCGGAAAAGUCCGAGCUGAAGCUGCAGAUGCUGGAAAUGUUCCCGAUCGAGAACGCUUUCUGGCAGAUGGAGUUCCGUUUCCUCGACCGACACAACCACACGAUGCAGUGUGACUUUGUUGAAAUUGCCGUGACCGACAAGCAAUGA